AGCAGAGUUUCAUAGACCAGAAGAGGAAACAGACUUUGUUCCUCUCAGAGAUGGAUGGUGGUUGCUUCGGAUACUCUAUCGGUUUCUUUACAUGUGGUACUCUGCUGCUGCUGCUUGGAGCCCCCCUCCAUGAUGUGGAGGCUUCCAGUUGUCAACGUGUCAUCAUCCAUAAAAAAGUUGGAGACACGGUGGAGUUUUCAUCAUGCUUACCGACUGAAGGGGUCACCAGUGCAAACUGGAAAUAUGGAGGGUUAGACAUCACAAACAACGAUAAGAUUUAUCCUCAAAACCAGUUCCAGGGCAGAUUAGAACUAAACCCCACAAACUUUAGUUUAACAGUCAGAAGACUGACUCUCCAAGAUUCUGGUGAUUUCAGUUUUCUAUCAGAGGUGGAUGACAAAGAUCAGAGGCCAACAGUCGUCAUCACUCUGCAAGUUCAUGAUCUCAUAACUAAGCAGCCCAUCCUCACCAUCAACUCCACUUGGCACACCUUGACCAACUCAUGUACAGUUUUCCUGGAGUGCAAAGCAACCUCUGACAGCAGUGCCAACUACAACUGGACCGUAAGGAACCAAACCCUAAGUGGCCCCAGGCUGCAAUACACCAUCAGGGCACAGGACGGAGACACCAAAUUCACUUGCACAAGUUACAAUAUUGUCAGCGAGAAGUCGGCAUCCAAAAUAGUGAACUGCAGCAACAACCUACAAGAACCAGUGUCUAGCUCCUCAACAAUUGUGCCAUUGAUUAUUGGGCCAGUUAUUGGAAUUUUACUGAUUAUUCUGUUCCCACUUCUUUGGUACAUAAAGUCUGAGGGUCUAUGUUGUAACAGGCUCACCACUCAGUCUCAGAUGGUCAACCAAGAUGAAACUCAACAGCAGGUGUACUCCUCUCUCCUCCAUGGGGAUGGUUCUGUUUAUGAAACAAUAAGAGGUUCUGAAGAUGCUGGAACAGGUGGACAACCAAACCAAUACAGGAAUGUGACAUCUCCAAUCAGCAGCAAGGAGAUUCCAGGUCAAUAAAGAGAAGUGCAUCAUCUGUAAAACAAGAGAAACGCAGAGGACAUCAUGAAAAAACAUGUUAUCUUUUAUAUUUUAUAGUGUUAUAAGCAGACAGAAAUACCGAAUGUUGUCUGUACUUUAUCUUACAAUCAUACACAGUAAUUUUCUCAGGUAUGCAUGUUUCCAUUUUUAGCCACUUGGUGGUGCUACGUGGUUUUCCUUUCAGAAACUCAAACCACUAAGCAGGGUCUUGUGGUUAAAUAUCAUUGGAGAUGCAUCAGUGAGUGCAUGCAUGAGGCAUAACUUAAUGCAUGAGCAUGUUUAAUGUGAUCAACUAAUAUCAUUGGAUAAGAGUGUUUUUAGAAUUAUUUUCAACAAUUUGAAAAAUGUUGAAAAAAUUGGUUUUCCUCCAUCCAUGCAAACAGUGUCACACAUAAUUUCCUUUUGACUUCUUAAAUACUAUGUACGUUUGUUGUAUGAAACUAUGUAUGUUUCUUGUGAGUAUUGUUAUUACGUUAAGAUUAAUUGUUUUAUGUCAGUAAAUCAUUUCAUCUCAACAAUUAAUGACCUGCCCUAACUUGGUAGAAAUAUAAUUGUGAAAUUAAAGAAUAUACACUUUUAUACUCAUA